CUAAAACAAUGCUAAUUUCCAAAAGUAGGACCAGUACUACCGGAAACGUUUUUUUAAUGACUAGAAUGACUAAAUUAACCCUAGCCGCUGGAUUUGGAGAAACGCGCAAUCCGCAAUUUCCGAAAAUCGAGAGACAUUUACGAGCGAGAAGAAAUCUAGGGAAACGAGAAGAUAAUCGAUCAGGGCAUUAAACAAUCCAGGCUCACCUUCUCUCGAUGCAAAUCUAAAGGAGCGAAAAUAGAGAGAGAGAGAGAGCGUGAAUCUAGGAAAGCGAUACCAAUGGCUUCCAUGAAGGUAACAAUGGCGUCUAAGAAAGGUGAAAGCGAAGACAGCGAUUUUGUGACGAGGGAAUCCGAUGAUAUGCUUCUGACAAUGCCUAACGGAUUCGUCUAUAAACGCCUAUGUAAGCCAAACCUACUGGAUACAAAAACUGAAGCUAAAAUAAAUUCAUACUGCAAUGUUGGUAAUGGGGUUAAGAAGUUGAAAGGAGUGCUUUCAAAAGACGAACUAAGUGAAUUUCGAAAGACUGCCUUUGGAUAUUGCACUGAUGCAAGAGAAGGAAUGUAUACUGGACGAAGGAAAGAAGACAUCAUGGCCAAGGGCAUUAAGAUGUUUGAGUGGACAGAGAUAGUCAAAUCUGAUGAAGAAAAACUCAUUCUCAAAAAAGCCAGGAAUUGCCUAUCUCUUCGGAUACUAAACAUGACCAUGCUAGAAACAGCUGUUGUGACUGAACAUGGGGAUGCUUUACAUGCUACAGCAAACGCCAGAAAGAGGAAAAGCCCCGAGCAAUGCAUCCAAAAAGGGAAAAGCCCCGAGAAGACAAAAAUGAAUCCUAAAAAGACAUCAAAAACACACAGUCCUCAAAUCAUUUUGGAGAAAAAUGGUGCCAAAGAUGAGAAAUGGAAGAAUGAAACAUUGAACAAAAUAAAAUCUUUGGAGAAAAUGGUGAAGAGUAUAGCAGCUAACAUGGCAGAGAACAAUAGAAAAGUGUUAAGUGAGAUACAAGAGUUCAGAAAGGAAAACCAGAAACAAUGGGGAUUGGUUGAGGAAUGCCUGAAAAAUGCUGGCAUUUUGGGGAAAACACAAAGUAAGGAAUCCAGGAAGAAAGACACUCAGUUUCCAAGUUUUGAUUUAGGCAUUGAUCUACAUUGUACACCACAGACUGCUCAUAAAAAGGAAGAUCAAAAUAAGACUGGAGACUGUGUAAAGGAGAAGGGAGAAGACAUGGACAUUGAUUGGAUGAAUGGGCUGUUGACUGAGGCAAACACUGAUCACAAUUGCAAGGAAACUAUGCACGUGGUUGAAGCUGAUUUGGGAACAUUACAUAAAAUCAGUGACCAGAAAGGCAUUGACAAUAAAGUCAUUGACCAGCAGGUGAUGGAAGAUGGUUUGGAGGAAGGCCAGAAAAUGGAGAGUGUCAUUGACAAUGUGGAAACAGCAUCACAAGCUGCUCGGGCAGCAGAGGAUUUGGAUCCAGCCAUUUGGGACAUUAGUCCUUACUCUGAACAACCAAAGGUCGCAGAGGGUAUCAUCAGUUAUUUGUUUCCCACUGAACAACCACAUCUCCUAUAUGAUGUUCCCACUGAACAACCACAAGUCCUCAUUGAUAUUCCCACUAAACCACCACAAAAAAUCAAUGAUAUUCCCAAUGAACCACCACAAAUGCCCAAUGAUGAUCCCAGUGAUGGUAUAGAUGCUGAACCACAGCUCAAUGUUGGUCAACUUGAGGACAUUCGGGAUGAACAAGCAGAAGGCCCUGAUGCUGAAGAACAACACACUAAGGAUAUUGCCAUUGACCAACGAGAAGACACUACAAGGCAGAAGAGGGUUAUGAAAUGCCCAGAUAAGUUUACUCAUUCUGACAAAAAAUUAAACACAAGAAAGACAAAGAGCAGACAAGGACCACAGACAUCUAAACAGAAAGCCACAGAUGGUGGUGAUGACAAUUCGCAACCCAACAAUGUGGAGGCCGAAGCUGGCAUGGCAGAAAGUCAUCCCGAAGGGCUGAAAUUAGCAUUAACUGCUGAGAAUUUGGAGUUGUUUUUAGCACAAGCCUUGAAAUACCUGGUCAUGAAAGCACAAGAAUAUGGAUUGACCCAGCCAUUUGCAGUAACAGACAGCCUAUUUGUCAGUCUAUUGAAGAAAGAAUAUGACAACUACUUGGGAAAAAGGAAAACCAUUGCUGAAGCAGCAUUGAACACUUCAAUACUGAAACCAAUCGUAGGGGCUGUGCCAGAAUUGGGAGGACGCUGGGCAGAAUACGAUUACAUUUACAUGCCAAUCAACACUGGAAACCAUUGGAUACUGGUUGUGCUUGACAUAUCAAAGAAAUGCAUCAGGCUGUAUGAUUCUAACAACAAUGGGAAGACCAGUCGCCACACAAAACCAUACCUUCCAUGUCUACAGAUCUUACUGCCAAAGGUGAUGGACAAACUGGAAGUGUACAAGGAGCGGAAAGUGCCUGAGAUGGGAGAUGAUGUGCUAGGCAUUGUGAAGGUAAAUGAUUGCCCACAACAACAGGACGCGGUGAGCUGUGGCGUAUUCGUUGUAAAGAUGGCUGAGCAUCUAAUCAUGGGGAUGGAAGUGGAUGAAGUGGAUGUUGCAGGCAUUGAGAGUUUCAGGAAAAAAUUUGCAACAGAAGUGCUGUUAUAUGCAAACAGGAGGGCUGACCAGGAGGGCUGAGCAUUGGCAUGGGAAAUGUAACCAAGUUUAAAAAACUUUUAUGUUUAAGUGUGCUGUUGUAGUAGUUGCACUAUGGGUUUUAAGUGCAGUAUCGGUACUUUUCCUAUUAUUAGUAAUAUGGGUUGUAAGUGCACUAUCAAUACUUUUUAGACAGAAUCUUGUAAUAUGGUUGGUGAUUGAAGUAAUCACAUUACUUUUUUGGAUAAAAUUGGGGCACAGUAUUUGAUGAAACUUUUUUUUAAAAGGGGAGUAAACAAGUAACCUUUAA